AACGUCAAACAAGUCAUUGAAAAAACAUGGCCGCAUGGCUUGAUGACAGCGGCUCUUCCGAAAUCGCGACGCAAAACAAUUUGGAAAGCUUACUGUCGGAAACUUUUACACCUGACGAUAAUAGUGAUGAAGCAUGUGACUCGUUAAUUAAAGAAUUCGGAAGUUUAACUCAUCACUUUCACGUGAAAAACGAAGCGAUAAGCGUGACGUCGGAAAGUAAAGUAAUCCAGGAUAGUACCGAAAAUUUAUGUGCAGGAGAUUCCAGUAGCAGUGAGAAAUUCCAAGAUGGUUCAAACCCUGAUGUUGAAUCAAAAGCAGCCAGUGAUACUAACACAAGGAAAGGGGACUAUAAUAAUUCCAGAUAUAACUGUGAAUAUGAAGGUUGCCAAAGGACAUAUAGCACAUCGGGAAACUUACGCACCCACAUGAAGACACAUAAAGGUGAAUACAGGUUCAUAUGCCCUAUGGAAUCGUGCGGCAAAGCGUUUCUCACAUCAUAUAGUCUCAAAAUACAUGUGCGGGCACAUACUAAGACGAAACCUUUUGCGUGUGAUAUUGCGCCGUGUAAUAAAGCUUUCAAUACACUUUAUAGAUUAAGAGCUCAUCAAAGGUUACAUAGCGGUGAUACGUUUAAUUGUAAAGAGGGCGGCUGCACGAAAUUCUUUACUACACUUAGUGAUCUGAAGAAACACAUUCGCACUCAUACACAAGAGAGGCCGUACAAAUGCAUCACAGAUGGGUGCGGUAAAUCGUUCACUGCGUCCCAUCACCUAAAAGCGCACGCACGCACACACUCUGGUUCGCGACCGCACGCGUGCGCUGCGUCCGGGUGCGGAAAACUUUUCUCCACAGCGACCAGUUUGCGGGCACACGUCCGAAAACAUCAGAUCGAAGCUGAGACACCGACUGUAGAGGUUAUUGAGAAUGAACCGACGAAACCCGUUAAUGACGUCAUGAUCUGGGACAGCCUCCUCGAGUCAUUUGGUAGGAUCACCACAGAGUCCAACUCCACUGAUGGCAGUUUAGAAGACAUCACCAGUGUCAACCCACUCUCUAACAAUAACAUGGACAUAACAGAAUUGCUUUUCGAUAACGCCACUAACAAUACUAAAUUCGAUAACACUAACAACAUAAAUGUAGAUUACGAUUUGAGUAACCUUGAAGUUCUUUCACCCUUUAACGUGGAUAAAAUCGCUAAAAAGGACAAUAACGAUAAUGCAUGGGAGGUCGAUAAUGUUGAAAACAUACAACCGAUUCCAUUGUCCACACCUAAGAUGGAAAUCGAGUCAAAAGCCAUGCAAUUAGCAUUGGCCAAUGAAAUCGAAAUAGAAGCACCUUGGAUUGAUGUCACUGCCCUUGCGUCUUCCAUAUUAGAAACGCCAGUAAGCAUAAAAGAAAACGUCCCAGAAAGCAUAUUUACUCUCGCGACAUUUGUACCGACACAUAUGCAAAGUUACAUUGAUUUAAACACCGAAGCUGUACCAACAGCUAAUCUCAUGACCCAAAGUUCUUUCCAACUAGAUACACCGAAUAUUCUAGAUGUAAGCGACAAAGUUUUCAACGACAGUGAACUUGUAACGAAUCAUGAAACGACUAAAAUCGAUUCAGAUAUUGAUUUCCUAAAGAAUACAGUCGAAAUAAUUGACGAUAGAUCAUUAAAUACACCGUCUCCGAGUAGAGUUCAGCAAAACAUUGAAAUCAAUCCAGUUAAUUCUGUUCUGUUUAACACAGAUUUGGCUCUUGAAGACACCUUGCUAUUUGAUAACGAACCCCCCUCUGAUAUGUAUGUUGUAAAAACCGAGAACGUUUUUGGUAAGAAGGCCAAAAAUCCUCUAGAACAGUUGGCAGCAGAUGCCGGUAUAUGCUCUUGCAACGAUUGUAAAUGUGGGCCGAAUAGUGGCGAAUGUAGAAAUUGCCAAAAUCACCAGCCUCCAGAACCUGUUGGCUGCGGAGACGACAAAUGUUCCUGCGGCGCGGAUUGCGAGUGCGAUCACGCAGAGAUGAAAUGCGCUGUCGGCUGCGGACGUGCCACUGACACAAACCACAACACGUUCUUGCAUUACCACAAAAGGCACAACAGCUCUAACCUCGAGGAUUUCGGCGUUUAUACCCACGAAUGUGACGAGUCAUUGCUCGGUAUUAUAGACAAUAUUAAAUGUCCGUGCAGCGGUUCAGGCGAUGGCAAAUGUUCUUCGGAGUGUUCCGGCGACAAGAGCUGCUCGAAAGCAGACAGUCAUAGUUCCCAGAAAAAAUCUUGCUGCGUUACGAUAUGCUUCAAAAAAUUGGACGCAUUCAAACAGUUUUUGAACGACCCCAGUGUUAUGAAUGCCAUAAAAGUUAAAAAUUUUAAUCUGACAACUAGCUUCUAGUGUCACUUGCCAUUUUUUUUUGCAUUUAUACGAAGUGCCUGCCUGCUGAUUUUUUGACUUCAAUGCUGUUCCCACGCAAGUCAGUAGCCUAAAGCAGUAUAAUUUUAACACGACAGUUUUACAUGACCUUUCCAAAAAUAAGGAUGAUAAAUUUGAUACAUAAGCGUCAACAGUUAUAUAAUAAUACUGCUUUAACGAUGGUAGUAAGCCCCUACUUGUAUAAGAAGCCAGGUUUGAUUGCUAAACUUGUGGUAUAACAUGGGGACUUUCGCAAUUGAUUGGUUAAAUUCAAUCUCCUAGGAAAAUCUGAGAAAUGGGAUACAGCAUUACCUGGGCGACAAGACAUUGUCUUGAACUUCAUAUUUAGGUUAUAAGAAAUUGUUAGAAGAUUUUUGUCUUUAUACCAUCACAAGUAAAUAAGAAAUGAAAUUUACGGGCAAAGAAGAAUUAGCUAAAAGCACAAUAAUAAAUAAAGGAGUAUAAAAUGCUCGUGAACGUAAGUUCAUAAAACAUCAGCAUUUUCAAAGUUUCAUCUUUUAUAUGCUUAGCAUUCUCUACUCCAAAUAUGUUUUCUGAGCCAUAUCAUUUAAUGAUUUUUCUAUAUUGUAUUAAAUACAAAUAGUAUUUCAAGAGUUAUUAUGCGUCCAGUGCAUUAUCCAAACAGCAAGGUGACGAUUGUCUUUCUUAGCCUAUUAUUGUUUUUAUUUUAUUAUAGUACCUAUUGGAGCUUUUUGCCAACCAAGCCAAAAUAGACAAUAGUCAAAAGUGAUAUUACAAGCAACAAAACUGUUAUAAUUUUAAUAUAACAUCAAGUUAAUUUAGGUGUAUUGUAUUUUUUCUGUCGGAUAUAAACUUAUGAAUUUAAAAACCUAGUAACUUAAAAUUUGCAAAUAUUGAGUUGAUCUAUAUGUAUUUCCUAAAGCCGAAAAUUAAACUAUAAGGUGAAAAUUUAUUUAAGAACUCUCCUAUUUGAGGUGGUAUUUAGUUACACUAUAUAAUAUAAAUAUUUCAAAAUGAUAGUUUCUUUUGUUAUAGCUUGAAAGAAAUGAAUGUAUGGGUAAAAUGUCAGUUGUUUACAAUGAAAUGUGCCAGUACUUAGGAGAAGUGGUACCUUAAGGGUAUGCGAGAGGGGCGACUUGCUUUUUCUACCCAUACUAUAGUACAAAGCAUGUAAGUACUAUUAAACAUGUCAGUUCAUUACAAUGAAAUAUGCCAGUACCAAAACUAGUAUAAUAUAGAUAUUUCAAAAUACAGCGGUAACAUGUGAGUUGUUAUGAAAUGUGCCAGUGCUUAGGAAAAGUGGUACCUUAGUGGCGUGCAUAGUGGGUAUGCACAGGGUAUGCAGAUGAUAUAAAAUG